AUGACCCCACGGUCUAGGACGACCCUCGUUCUAUGGCUUGUUCACUUUCUAUCCUGUCUGCUCGUGACAACUGCUCAGCAGCCCGACUAUUCGGUCAACUACUUCCCAAAUCUUCCCAGUAGACUCUUCUUUUUCGAAGACACGACCACUGCUAUAUACCAUGACCUGAUAGACGGGAAUGUGUACGUGUCGCAAGACGAGGGAGCAUCAUGGGCACGGGCGGACGGAAUACCGGAGGGCGAUGCAUCUAUGGUCAUAGAGCAUCCAUUUGACAGCAGCUAUGCCUUUGUUCUAACUCGGGGGGUUUCCCAUUACCGCACCGCCGACCGAGGGAGGACAUGGCAGCGCUUCGAUAUGCCCAUCCCCCCAGCUCUCGUGGGCAAACCGCUUUCUUUUCACUCAGACCCCCAAAAAUACGGGUACAUUCUGUAUCAAGGCACCUCUUGCCAGUCCACGGGCGGUUGGGGCAGUGUCUGUCAUGAUGAGACAUAUUACACGAAGGAAGCUUUCAGCGAUCUCCCUGAACUACUGCUUUCCGAGACAUCCCGCUGCCAGUUCGCGCAUAGCAGCGCAGACUUCAAGCAUGAUGCACAUCCUGACCUUAUAUAUUGCGUCGCCUUUGACACCAGCACGUCCACGGGCAUGCACUCGCUCUCAGCAAGUCGCUUGUUUUCAUCAGUAGACUUCUUCGAAGAAGACCUCAGAGUUGAAGACCUCGGGAUCGGCAAGAACGCACGCGGUGUCGUCGCAUUCGCCAUCGUGUCCAAAUUCGCAGUAGUAGCAUUGCGAGAUCUCAGUCCUUCCAGCGACGGCGAAAUGCUCCUCUAUGUCUCCGUCGACACCAAGACGUGGGCCAAGGCGCGCUUUCCCCAUGCGUCCUCCGCGCGUCUCAGGGAGAAUGGUUAUACCAUAGUAGAGUCGACGACGCACUCGCUGGCUGUCGAUGUCAUGCUUCAAGACAUGAUGACGACCAUUGGAACACUGUUCGUCAGUAAUUCAAACGGGACGUUCUUCGUGGAAAGCCUCAAGGAUACGAACCGAAACGAGAUGGGAUACGUGGACUACGAAAACUUGUACGGCAUCGAAGGUGUCGGGCUUGCCAACAUAGUCUCGAACGCAGAGGAAGUGGAGGGCCGCAGGGCACAGAAGAAACUCCAGACGAGGAUUACCUUCGACGACGGACGGACCUGGUCGCGCCUCGUUCCACCGUCCAGGGACAGCGAGAACCAGCGCAUUUCAUGCAAUCCUGACAACGAUGAUUGCUCGUUACACCUGCACUCGGUCACCAUCCCUCAUAACUUUGGCCGCGUUUUCUCCUCUCCUGCUCCUGGCUUCGUUAUGGGUAUUGGCUCCGUUGGGCCGUCCCUGAAGCCGUAUGACGAAUGCGAUACGUUUUUGAGCACGGAUGCAGGCCGCACGUGGACGAUGGUACAUGCGAAUGCGCACAAGUACGAAUUUGGCGAUUCGGGAAGUAUCAUGGUGCUCGUCAAUGACGAGGAGAGUACCGACCAAGUCACCUACUCGAGUGAUCUCGGCAGGACAUGGCGUACCUUCUCUUACGGAUUCAACAUGCGUGCUCGCAUCUUGACGACCGUAUCGGAUUCGACAUCGCAAAAGUUCAUGCUUGUCGGCCAAGUAUCGAGGCAGGACCAGCCGGGCCGUGGACGUUACGCUGUGGUCUUCCUCGACUUCGCGCCCAUGCGCUCGCGCAAGUGCGGCGAAAAUGAUUUCGAGCGAUGGUAUGCUCGCUCGAUGACCCACGAGUGUCUGAUGGGCCAUAAGCAAUGGUACAGGCGCCGAAAGGCCAACGUGGAUUGCUAUGUCGGGGAGAAAUUCCAUGAGCCAAUCGAACACGAGGAGAACUGUAGGUGCACGGACGAAGACUACGAAUGCGACUACAACUUCGUGAGGCAGGGUGAUCAGUGUGUCCCCACAGGACCGGAACCUAUUCCCGCAGGCGUGUGCCCUCCCGACAACCCCGAUGCUAUGUAUCUAGGAUCGUCUGGCUAUCGACUCAUCCCGGGCAAUACCUGCGACAGGGCAUCUGGUAUCAAGAAAGACGAGCCUAUUAGUAAGCCUUGCGCCAAUGCACAACCCGCUGAGGGCGAGGUUGUCCAUCAGAUUUUCGAAUUUCCGGCAGCCGUUGUGCAGUUCGCAUACUUCAAGGAUUCUACGACAAUUCUCGUUCGCCUGGAAGACUACAGCAUCUGGCAGUCGAGCAACGAAGGGUACACCUGGCAUCAAAUCCAGCCCGAGGAGCGUUUCGUCGCCUUCUAUCAUCAUGCUUUCAGUCACGACCGUGCAUACCUCAUCACUGGGACCAAACGGUACUACUACACUACGGACACAGGGAAGACGUGGUUAUCCAUGGAUGGUCCCCUACCGCCAAACAAUCUCGGCCUCCAGAUCUUGCAUUUCCAUCCAUCGAACUCCGACUACCUGAUCUGGAGCGGCAGCGAGGGAUGCAUCGGCUUCGGCGAGAACUGCAAUGUACAAGCCUACUACACUCGCAACAACGGACGUAAGUGGAACUUCAUCGAGAAGUACGUCCGAAAUUGCGCAUGGGCUCGGGACGCCGAGUUGGUGGUGGAUCCAAACCAGAUAAUCUGCGAGGUGUAUAAGAAUCAACAGGGCAAUCAGAGGUUCUUCCAGAUGGAGAACCCGCUGCAAUUGAUCAGUGGGACAAACUUCUUCUCGAAAAAGACGAAGCUCUUCGACCACGUUGUCGGUUUUACCAAAUUUAGCGAGUUCCUGAUUGUCGCGGAGUAUCAAACACAGCGACAAACUUUGGACCUGCAAGUAUCCUUGGAUGGGCGGUCUUUCGCUAGUGGAAUGUUCCCUCCCAAUCUGCGACCGGAUCAACAUGCGAGUGCAGCAUACACUAUCCUCGAGUCCAGUACCAUGUCCGUCUUCUUGCACGUCACUACGUCAGAGAGACCGAACCCGUACUGGGGAAGCAUCCUGAAGUCCAAUUCAAACGGAACGUACUACGGCAUUUCCCUUGAGAACGUCAAUCGCAAUGAUGCUGGAUAUGUCGACUUCGAGAAGAUGAUCGGUCUAGAUGGGAUCGCCCUGGUCAAUGUCGUAUCAAACGCGCUGGAAGCCACUUUAACCGGCCGAAAGGAACUGGAAACUCGCAUCACCCACAAUGAUGGUGGAACUUGGAAGCGGCUGGUGCCUCCCCCUAAAGAUUCUCUUGGCAAUCAGUAUUGGUGUGACAGCACUCGUUGCGCAUUGCACAUACAUGGAUACACCGAGCGUUAUGAUGCGCGCGCGACCUAUAGCACGCCGUCUGUGCCGGGUCUGCUCAUGGCCGUUGGUAACGUCGGAGAGACGUUGGCAGGCUACUCUGACAGUGACACAUUCUUGAGCCGCGAUGCUGGAUUCACCUGGGAAGAGGUCCACAAGGAUGCUCAUCUAUGGGAGUUUGGCGACUCGGGAUCCAUCCUCAUCAUGGCGAACGACGAGGAACCAACUGAUCACGUGCUCUUCAGCACUGACGAGGGUAUUAGUUGGCGAGAAUACAAGUUUACCGAUGAGAGGAUACGCGUCAAGGAGAUCGUCACUGUUCCGACAGAUACAAGUCGGCGGUUCAUCCUAAUGGGCUACUAUCCCCGGUCACCAACCGUUCAUGUCGCUGUGCACGUCGACUUCACGGCCCUGACAUGGAAAGAGUGUACUUUCAGCGUGGAAGAUCCUGGGCAUGAUGAUUUCGAACUCUGGAGUCCGAGUGAGAAUCGAAAUGAGUUGUGUCUUUUCGGUCGGCAGACUAUGUAUCACCGCCGUGUACGUGAAACCAACUGUGUCGUUGGUAACCGUCCGAAGGCCGAGGCCAAGAUAGUACGGAACUGCGCUUGCCAGGCUUCCGACUUUGAAUGUGAAUUCAACCACUACAGGGACGAGAACGGCGAAUGCGUCCUCGUUCCGGGCACGCAGUCACUUUCCGACGAUGAUUCGUGCAAUGGCGAUGACGAUUACUGGUACGAACGCACCGCAUACCGCAAAAUCCCCUUCUCUAGUUGUGAGGGCGGGGAUCGUCCGGAUCGCGGGAAACAGCACAUUUGCCCUGGGAUCAGAGCACAUGGCGCGUUCUUCUGGCUCAUGAUGCUCUUCAUUCCGUGCGCCUUUGCAGGUCUCGCAGGAUGGUGGUAUGUCCGUAGGCGCGCAAGAGGAGCCAUCCGCCUUCCUGGCGGAGAUACCGGCCCAAGAUACGUGGGCAACUCAGGUACCCUCGAGACGCUCGCGUCUGUGCCCUACUUCGUCAUAGCCAUGGCCGGAGCUGCGUGGGAGACAGUCGUAGAAAAGUUUGCCGAUGCCACAACUGGUAUGCGCACGCGCAGUGGGUACCGGACGGUGCCCAUCGACGAAGAUGCACAGAUUUUGAGAUUUGAGGACGAGGAGUAG